AGCCUUUGCUUAAGUAUCAUAGUUGAAGGCAAGAAACGUGAAUAAAUAUAUAGUAGUACUGUCCGGUAUUUGAAGCAAUCGGAUAUAGUAUUGAAAUUUUCGAUCACAGUACAACAGAUACUUUGCAAAAAUGUGCGACGAGGAGUGUAACAAGGCAUUCGCCAGUGAUUAUUUGCUUUUGGAUCCGCAGAAAUUUGGAAUUUUUGAACUGUAUCACAUUUUAUUUUCAUCGGAUUUGGAGAAACGCGAUUUCAUGGAGCGCCAUCCGGAAGGAAAAGAUUGUAAAGAAGAAAACGAGAAACAUAGAUGGAUUAUAUUUGCUUCUCUUGUUGCUCAGAAGUUGCUGCUCUGUACUGCCAAACCCAUGGCAUGGCUGGGCUCUAAGAUUGAGUACUGGCUUAAUCUUGUCCAGGCGAAUCGCAGCCUCUUCGGCCUCAUCAAGAAUUUUGUACAAUGCAACGUGACAUAUCCAAUUGAAGGAUCAGCGAGUUUUCUAUCAUUUACCGGAUGUAUGGAUACACGAGUAGAGUUGGACCAAAGCAUUAAGCCUGGAGAUUGCAGAUAUUACGGCGCACUUGCUGUUAUGGCCUCAAAGGCUUCCUACGAGAACAAAGCAUACCUUGAGAAAACGGUCAAGGAUCACUGGAAUAUGGAACUUUUGGACUCCUUCGAUUUCUAUAAUCAUUAUCAAAAUAAACGAACCACACAAGCCUUCAUGUGUCGGGACAAAAAUCCUGAUAACGAACUGAUUGUGGUGGCGUUUAGAGGAACAGAGACAUUUGAUGCGGAUGCCUGGUCUUCCGACAUUGAUCUCUCUUGGUACGAACUUCGUUCUGGCACCGAACUUCGUCCUGGAACCGGAAAGGUCCAUGGCGGUUUUAUGAAAGCUCUAGGGUUACAGAAGAGCAAAGGCUGGCCAGAAAAACUUGACCAAAUAGAUCCUGAAAAGCCAUUGGCCUAUUAUGUCAUCAGGGAUAAGCUAAAAGAACUUCUAUCAGCCAAUGAAAAUGCAAAGUUCAUAGUGACUGGUCAUAGCUUGGGAGGGGCACUCGCCAUUCUUUUUCCAGCUAUAUUAGCUUUCCACGACGAAAGAUUAUUACUAGAGAGAUUACAAGGAAUUUACACAUUCGGACAACCUAGAGUCGGAGACAAGCUGUUCGGGGAUUACAUGGAAGGACUAUUGGAUAGUUAUAAGAUUCAGUACCUGAGAUAUGUUUACUGUAAUGAUAUGGUGCCAAGGUUGCCUUAUGAUGACAAGAGUUUCCUGUUUAAGCACUUUGGGAGAUGCCUUUACUUCAAUAGUUUCUAUAAAGGCCAGGUUGUGGUGGAGGAACCAAACAAGAACUAUUUUUCGCCAUUGUAUGCAGUUCCACAGACGCUGAAUGCGAUGUGGGAGCUGGUAAGAGGCUUCUACUAUGCAUACUCCAAGGGGCCAAAUUACAAGGAGCCAGGGAUUCUUCAGGUAUUAAGAAUUAUAGGACUUGCUAUUCCGGGAAUACCAGCUCACAUGCUCAAAGAUUAUGUCAAUGCUUGUCUCUCCGCGUCAUCUGAGCUGUAUAUGCAACUUGAUCUCCACAAAACUAAUGGAUCAUCUCUUGAUCAGGAUCAAUUAAGCAAUUGAUGAUCCAUGUAGAAGUUAUAAUUAACUGUAUAUUCUAUUGGAGUAGUUCCUCCGGGAAACAAACCGUGCUGCGGCUUUAACUGCAAUUUUUUUUUUUUUUUUUUUUGUAUGCGUGUAAUGAGUUCAUAAACAUGUAAUUAAGCCACCAAUUAAGUUGUCAGAUUUGUCAAAUGGAAAAAAAAUCAGCUGAAUUUCGAUUUC